AUGUUGGUUGAUGCCGGGCGGGUGUGGACUGAUAUUUGGCGGAUUGGGAGGCCCGUUCCCAAUCGUCGAAUCAGCGGUGUGACGGGCAAGUCCUCGUAUGUUGGACGUCUUGGGAUGGGAAUGGGUCUCGUGGGAGAUGAUAAGGCGUCGAUCGGAAUGGGAUCCGAACGAGGCGAGGGAGGAGUAUAA